AUGAGAAUAAAUACAAGCUCUUCCUUCCUUCCACAGAUAGAACUCUUUGAGUUCAAGGGGGAGGACCUCACAGAUGAAGAAGAUGGUGGCAUCAUCCGAAGAAUCCGUAAAAAGGGGGAAGGCUACUCCAAGCCCAAUGAGGGUGCACUUGUAGAAAUCCAGUUCGAAGGCCGAUACAGAGAUCGUGUUUUUGACAGGCGGGAGUUGCGAUUUGAGAUCGGAGAAGGUGACAACUAUGAUCUUCCCCAUGGUCUGGAGAAAGCAAUUCAAAAAAUGGAAAAAUGGGAGGAAUCUGUGUUCUAUCUCAAACCUAACUAUGGUUUUGGAAGUGCUGGGAAGGAGAAAUUUCAGAUCCCUCCAGAUGCAGAGCUACAGUAUGAAGUGAAGCUCAAAAGCUUUGAAAAGGCUAAGGAGUCCUGGGAAAUGAACACAGAUGAGAAGCUGGAACAAAGCUGCAUUGUGAAGGAGAGAGGCACUCAGUACUUCAAGGAGGGGAAAUACAAACAGGCAGCAUUACAGUAUAAGAAGAUUGUGUCAUGGCUGGAGCAUGAAUCAGGACUGUCUGAUGAGGAGGAUACGAAAGCCAAAAGCUUGAAGCUUGCUGCCUACCUUAAUCUAGCUAUGUGCCAUCUCAAGCUGAAGGAAUACUCCCAGGCUUUGGAGAACUGCAACAAGGCACUUGAAUUGGAUAGUAAUAAUGAAAAAGGCCUCUUCCGGCGCGGAGAAGCACACUUGGCUGUCAACGACUUUGAAUUGGCCCGGGGAGAUUUCCAGAAAGUGAUACAACUUUACCCGAGUAACAAGGCUGCCAAAGUGCAACUGGUAACUUGUCAGCAAAAAAUACGGGAGCAGCAUGAGAAAGAGAAGAAGAUGUAUGCCAACAUGUUCCAAAGGCUUGCAGACAAAGACUUGAAGUCAGCUGCUGCUCUUCAGACCAGCCACACUCAAGAUGAAGAAAUGAAAGAUGAGCAGAAUGGAGUUGAAGAUAAAUCAGAAGUUGAGACAGAAGCAUAAAACCAAACCCUAUUCCAUUAGUUUUGUAAAUGAAUUUCUGGUGAAUUAGACCUUUAUUUUUCUACCUAGUUGGACAGUGGCUUCAGGGGAGCAGAGGCUGAAGCCACUAUGCCACAGUCAAUUACAGCUUUAUAUGUCUGUUGAAGAACCUGAGUGGCAGCAUAAAUCUGGUUUAAUCCUAGGGAUUUUAUUUAUUCAUUCAUUCAGCCUCUGUUACUAUUUGGGUUCUUUCUGGGUUUACUCUGCUGGGUUUACUUGCAUUUUGCCAUUGGUGUUUCUCUUUUUCUGGUUCCAGCUCACUUUAAUCCCAGGUUCUGCUUCCUGAAUUUAUUUCCUUGUUUUCUUU